ACCACAUGUAUGUGGUUACAGAUGUGAGCUUUCCAACUCUCUCUAUCUGUUCCUCGAAAAUGAAUGUUUUUACUGUUCCCCAGAAGAGAAAUGAUGGCUGGUACUUGUCACUUAUGGCCCCAAAUACAAAAGGACCAAAGUUUGCCUGGCUUGACCCCUCAAGACUCUACUGUAACUCCCAGGCACUGUCAGAUUGUGUGACGGACCUUCUCAAACCAUUCAAAAAUGAAACUAUUGACCUGGUGGCUGGAAUAGAUGCCAUGGGCUUCAUCCUGGGGUCAGCUGUAGCAACAAGAUUAGAAAAGGGAUUUCUUGCCAUACGGAAAUCAGGACACCUGUGUGUUCAAACAGACACUCAAAAGUAUACGGAUUACUCCGGACAUGAGAAGUGCAUGGAAGUUCGUCUUGAUGUGUUAAAACCAGGUCAUCGGGUCCUUAUAGUAGACCAGUGGAUUGAGACUGGAGGAACUAUGCAAGCAGCCAUCAAACUGUUGGAGAAUCAGGGAGCUGUGGUUGUAGGCAUUGCCGCUGUGGCCAUUGAGAACAGUGAGGGUGGGAAGUGGCUAAAGGAAAACUAUAAGUAUUCCCAUUGCAUUCCAAAAGAGCUUCAGGCUCAGAUAGACAAUCAGUAUAUGGAGUCUUUUUCACAUCAGUAAUGUAAAAGUGAAAUUCAGGGAAAAUCAGCCAUUCUGAAGCGACUAAGAAAAGCAAGUCUACAAGAAAUAAUUUGGUGGUUGUGACUUAAAGGCAGAGUAGCUGAUUUGAUCCAGAAAGUCUCCUCAUAGCAAUCAUUACGUUAAUUAGUCUAAAUGUAUUUGUAUAAAUAUGUCAUCUGUGAAAGGCGUAUGACCAAAAAAUGUUCAACAUAUCAUUGAACUCGGACCGAAUGCAAUAGUUGGACACAUGCAAUUUUUGCUUCUCUUCUGUUUUGCAUGCCCUGUUCACGCAGACAUCAUACGUCAUCAGCGUGCUUACGUCCGCUCUGUACACAGUGGCAAACAAAGUUUCCUGCUGAUUUGACAACCGGCACAGGAGCCACAAAGGAAAAAAAUAAUAAUAAAGAAACUAUGUCAAAAAAAAUUUAUGAAUCAACAUCCUUACCUCUCGUGCUUUUCCACGAGAUUAAAACCGCUAGCAAGAGACAAAGGCUCUGAAAGGAUCAUUGCAGUUUUCUUUUGGAAAGAUAGGUGAUUUUAUUUAGAUAUUAAAUUUUGAUGAAACAUUGUAUGUAGUUUGUGUUCCUUUACAAAUUAGCGUAACAUGUUUUUACAAUUUCAAGCAAACUACUACGUCUACACAACCGAAAAUGUGCUAAUUCCAAUUUAAAACUUUGUUUAUGUUUGUUGUUUUAAUAGUUAUUCACUUUGUACUGCAAAGUUUUCUUACUGGUAAAUGAGAAAUGGGCUUUCAGACGUUUUUUUUUUUUUGAAAAGGCGUGGUUUUUAAGGCGAUUUGAAUGGAGGGUGGGAUCGUGAUUUUAGCUAGUAGGCUAAAGUUAGCAUUUUUGCAAAAUCAGCUACCCUGCCUUUAAUUGUACAGGUUGUUUGUUUAAAAGUUUGAUGUUGUUUGUAAGCUUAAAGUCAGGGUUUUAAAUAUGAUUGUGUCUUAACCCUUGCAUAAGGAUUCAAUUAAAAAUUUAAUUUAGGGGCAGUUUCCCGCCAGGGUUUAAAUUAGUCCAGGACUAUGUUAGUCUUAGGGUGGGUUGCACCAACAAGGAUUAGGCCUAAAUCUGGUUUAAAUCAAAGCUUAUUUAAUAAUUCUGUUGCACCAAACUUUAAACCUGUUUAAAAAUAAUCAGGAUUUCAUUUAAACUGCCAUUUUGAUCCAAGUUAAAAUUUUAUAGUAAACCUAGAUUAUCCUUAAUCCUGUUGCUCCAUUACUUUAAACUCUGUUUUAAAUCUCAGUGAGGGAUUAACUUUAAACUUGCAUAUGAGGAGGUUUAAAUAUGUAUUUAUUUUUACAAUUAAAUGUCUGGCUAAAUGAUUCGAAUCACAUACCGCGAGCGUGGUGGCGCUAUUCAAAGAUGCGUUUAUUAUAACGUCUCAACAAAGUGAGUUUGGUGAUGUAGGUGAUUUAUAAUACAAAAGUUACAUUACCUUUGCAUAAACUGUUUAUUUCCUUUUUGAAUGACAACGUCAACAUUGUUGCUGUUUAAUUACACCGGAAAAUUCAACAUGGCGGACAAAAUAAAUUGCAGAUGAAGGGUUUAAUACAGUUUAAAGUUUUAAUCUAAGAUUUGUUAAUCUGUGUUUAAAUUUAAGUUGUGCAACACAACUCGAAUUAAAAUUAAACUGAGAUCAACAAACCCUAGGUCAGCUCUAAACUCUGCUUAAUUUAAUCCUUGUUGGUGCAACCCACCCUUAGUGUUAUAAGGACAUACCUUACAAAAAACAAUACUGGCGUCUUGAGACAAAACAACGGCACUGAUAUAUGUUCAGUUUUGUCAAUGCAAGAUGAUUUCAAAUUAAAGGUAGGGUAACACAUUUUGAAAAAUGCUAACGGUAGCCGCCUAGCAAUGAAAUCCCGAUCCCACCCUCAAGUCAAACCGCCAUCCAAAGUCACGCCUCUUCCAAAACACAUGAACACGCACAGAUCAGACGGUCACAUCUCAUGUCUCAUUCACCAGUGAGAAAACUUUGCAGUACAAAGUCGAAUAACACUGCCAAAAUAACCAAACAACUGGUUUACAUCAGAAUUAGUUUAAGCACACGUUCGGUUGUGUAGACGUAGUAACUAUAUCGUUACGCUAAUCCGUAAACGAACACAAAUUUCAUAAGCAACACAAUGUUUCAUCAAAGUAGAAUAUCUGAAUCCAUCUCAAUACAAACAUAUUGCGUACCUACCUUACCAAAAUAAACAGUGCAACGACCCUUUCAGACCCUUUGUGUCCUGCAGCUGUUUGCAUCUCGUGGUAAAGCAGUAAAGUUACCGAUGUUCAUUUGGGUUUUUGCUCUUGCUGAUCCAGGCAGUUUUUGCUGUUGUUGUUAUAAAAAAUGCCUUUAGUUUUGUGCCUCCUGUGUAGGUUGUCAAUUUAGCAGAAAAGUUUGCUGUUCUCACUGUUUACAGGCAGGAGGUGAGCGCACGUGAACGCGCCGAUGACGUAUGGUGUCUGCGUGGACUCGCUGCGCGGUGGGCAUUUAAAUUAUGCUUACGUAUGAGGGACAAAAAUGGAAACGUCCGUUCGGACCGAAAUCUAUGAUUUGUUGAACAUUUUUUGGUCCUACGCCUUUCACAGAUGACAUAAAUUUCUACAAAUACAUUUAAACAACUUAACACAGUGAUUGCUAUCAGGAUGUAAGGAGACUUUUAACCAGCAUAACAAAAAAUGUUUCAGGAUCAAAUCUGUUACCCUACCUUUAAUACUAAAUCUAAAACUUACAUUUUCGUCUGGGACUAGGAAAAAUCCUGGAUAAACCAGGGAUUGGUUAAGACAGGACUAGGCCAUAAAUAGGAUAUUUAAGUCAUUUUUAAAAGCAUAAUUUAUGUAUAAACACUAUUGUGUGCAUCUUGAGAUACAACACUCGCACUGAUAUACUUAAAAGAUAUGUCAGAGCAAGUUGUUUUGGAUCAAGACAACACUAACAUUUAAGUUAGUAUGGGAAUAGUCUUAAGCCCUAUCUGGGAAACCCCUUUUUAAAGGGAUAGUUUACCCAAAAAUGAAAAUUCUGUCAUUAUUUACUUAUCCUCAUGUUCUUCUUUGUUCUGAUGAACACAAAGGAAGAAUACUAUGGAAGUAAAUGGGGUCCAUGAAUGGUUUGGUUACAAACACUUCUUAAAAUAUCUUCCUUCGUGUUUAUCAAAACAAAGAAAUUCAUACAGGUUUGUAACAACAUGAGAGUGAGUAAAUGUUGACAGUAUUUCAAUUUUUGGGUGAACUAUCCCUUUAAGGGGCGGUUUCCCGGACAGGGAUUAGACUAGUCCUAGACUUAAACACUUUUAAGAGCUCUCCAAACUGAAAACAACUUUCACUUACAUAUCUUAAAAUACAUCAGUGCCCUUUGUUUUACCUCAAAAUGCACACAGGUAAUGUUUUUAGUAAGGCAUGUUUGUUAAAACUAGUUAUAUUUCCUAAUUAAACUAAGGCCUAGUCCUGGAUUAAGCUAAUUCUGGUCCAGGAAACUGCCCCUAAAUGUUAUAAAUCUAGUCAUACGUCGAACAACAGAAAUGUCCACUAGAGGUCACUAUCAGAUUUCUUAAUUCAUUACUAUCUUGGAAUAAAGGUUAAUGAUGCUAGUAUAUACUGGGAAAAUAUAAUAAACAUAUUAUCACAGUGUAUUAAAAUACUAAUAAUGCCAGUAUUAUUCGAGCUGCACAUGGAUUUGAAAAUUAAUGGAUAAAAAUUGUAAAAGCAUUUUAUUUAGAAUAAAAAAUGUCAAGCACAAGAAAUGAUUCAUGCAGCUUUGUAAACUUCUAAUACUUACAUAAUGUUCUUACAGCAUAUUUUAUGAAGGAAUGUAUGGUGAAGGAAUACUUUCAUUACCCUUUUUAACAAUAUGAUUUGUUAUGAUAUAGAAAAAUAUGUUUGUUAAAUUUUUUGUGCAAUUCGCGCAUAAUCCUCAUGUGUACCUUUUAAAAUCACUGUUGACUGUAAACUAAGCAAAAAUGCAAAAUACAGAAAAUGUAUUUGUAAAUCACUAAUAUAAGAAAUAUACACUUGGAGUUAAUGCAAAAACAAAAAUGUGCAUAGACCACUUGGAUAAAAAAGGCUGACAAAAGAAUGUGUUUUCAUUCAUCCCGCAGUGAAUCGGCUCCACCUUAAUAAUAAUAAACCAAACUGUUCACUGUACGUUCCUUAAGUUGAAAUAAUGUCUACCACUUUUCUCCACUGUACAUAUGCAUGAUUUGCUUUGGUACCGUUAUAGGUCAGUGCAUUUUUUGUAUUUCCACAUGAUCACUCUUUACUGACAACAGUUGGACUGCUUCUUCUUGGAAGUUGUAUAUAAGUUGUUUGGGUUACUGUUGAUUUCUGCAGAAAAAGAAAUGUACAGGUUUAAUAUAAAUGCAAUGAUGGUAAUAAUAACAAUAUAAAUGUCUUCAUGUGCACGAUUCAUCAUAGCACCUUGAGUGCAGAAAAUGUUUGAUUCAUAAUUAUUAACUUCCUUUAUCAAUGCAAUGACACUUAUUUUUCGUAGUUUAACUCAGAUGCUCAUAACAUUAUUUAAAUAUAUAGAAUAUGAAAUUGAUGAUGUUAAAUGAUGACAGAAUUUUAAUUAUUGUGUGAGCUAACCCAUUUAUUUCACAUAUUAAACUCCAUCUAAGGUAAUCAUCCUGUCUCAGUUUAUUUUGUAAAAAAAAUGGACUGUCUGUAUUUUAAUAACUACUGUAUUAAAUAACAGCUUCACUAUUGAAUCGGCAUAUGAUACAAUAAAGAAAAACAGAUCAUU